CUAACCUCUGCCAGUGAGAGGGUUGAGAGCCUGCCUUCCACUGGAAGGGACCUGUUCCAUCUUGGUGAGAUCCCAGAGGGGAAGGUGUGUGGCAGAAUGAGUGACGAACCAAAGCCCUUAGUUGGAAUCAUCUGGGCUCCUUUUUCAAAAGGACAGGCACGGCCAGGAACGGAAGAAGGGCCGGCAGUGGUGAAGGAAGCUGGCCUGAUUGAUAAACUAACAGCCCAAGGGUGUGAUGUUAAAGAUUAUGGAGCCUUGCAGUUUGAUGUUAUUCCCCAUGACCACCCAUAUAAAAAUGCGAAAAAUCCCAGAACUGUUGGGUGUGCAAACAGGAAGCUAGCCAGCGCUGUGGAAGAAGUGAAGGAGGAUGGAAGAACCUGUGUGGUAGUUGGCGGGGAUCACAGCUUGGGAAUUGGAAGCAUAUCUGGCCACGCAAAGACUGAACCUGAUCUUGGUGUAAUUUGGUUUGAUGCCCACACUGAUAUUAACACUCCAGUGACAUCAUCAUCUGGGAACAUACAUGGGCAGCCUGUGGCUUUCCUGCUAAAGGAACUGAAGGACGAGGUGUCUGGUGUUCCAGGAUUCUCGUGGAUAACCCCGUGCCUCUCUGCUGAAGACAUUGUGUAUAUUGGACUAAGAGAUGUGGACGAUGCUGAACACUGUUUUCUGAAAUCUCUGAGUAUUAAAUACUAUUCCAUGACUGAAAUAGAUCAACUUGGGAUUGGGAAGGUGAUGGAAGAAACACUUCAUUAUUUGCUGGCCAAAAAGAAGAGACCAAUUCACCUAAGUUUUGAUGUGGAUGGCUUGGAUCCCUCUCUGACACCAGCUACAGGCACCCCAGUUCCUGGAGGAGUGACUUUGAGGGAGGGUAUCUAUGUAGCAGAACAACUUUAUAAAACAGGGUUGCUAUCAGCAGUAGAUAUAAUGGAGAUCAAUCCGUGUCUUGGGAAGACACAAGAAGGAGUUGACUCAACGGUCAACACAGCUGUUUCAAUUAUCUUGUCCUGUUUUGGUAAAGCACGUGAAGGUUCGCAUAGUUCCAGUUGCUCAAUAUCCCAGCCACAAAAAUACAUUUGAACAUAUACAAUUAUGUUCCAAGUAGUUUUUUAAUCCUAAAGUAUAACAACAUUUUGUUAAUGCCAAUUGCUUACUGAAUGACUUUGGUAACCUCAAGCACAAAAAUACGUUUUUCAUCAAAGCUCAGAAACUAAUGAGACAGUAAUGGUCACUUGUGUUAAUGGAGGCUAUUGAAGUAUUACCAUAAUUUUAUUAUCACCAUUGCAUUAAAUCACAUUAUUACUACUAUUUA